AUGAAGAGUCCUAUCUUGCCAGCUAACAGUCUACAGUCACAGAAGGCAGUCUAUACUGCCGCGGCCGAUUUAGACGCACGACAGUACAAUAUGUCAACCAUCGUGACAGUGGGUAACAAUACAAAAGCACGUGAAGCAUUCACUGAAAGAGGAAACCCAAUGUAUAACGAAGAACCCGAAACAAAUACGAUAAGUGAGGCAGACGGUAAAAUCUAUCCCUUAUGGGUGAGAUGUGCAGCCGAAUUCCUUGGCGUGAUGAUGUUCGUAUUUGUAGGAUCUUGUCAGGGUCUGACGACUUAUGACGGAGUGCUUCAUGCAGCAUUCACUCAUGGAUUCUGUAUUUUUGUUAAUGUGGCAACGUUUGCACAUAUUAGUGGAGCCCAUGUGAAUCCUGCUGUCACUGUGGGAAUAGCAGCAGCACGUAAAAUUUCACCGCUCGAAGCAUUGUUCUACAUCAUAUCGCAAAUGUGUGGGGCAGUUGUCGGAGGACUGUGGGUUCGGAGUGUUCUGUCCUACCCCCAGUAUGUGGCCAUUCAAGGAGGCGCUACACUGUGUGCACCUCAAACUGCAUGGUAUCAGGGGCUCAUUGCUGAAGCGUUAUGUACAUACUUCCUGAUGCAAACGAUAUUCAUGACAGCCGUAGACGGAACAACCGUGCUUGCACCACUUGCAAUCGGUUCCACAGUUCUCAUGGAUAUUAUGGCAGCGUGA